CGGAGAAUUGGCAGGGGUGUCGUGCUUCGCACAACAACCUAGUCACAGCAGUAAGAAAGAAUACUGUUGUAGUAACGUACUGACUGUGUUUUCUCUUCUCUAAUCUCUAUCUCGUCUCCCCACUCUGUGUGACUGUUUAGCGCCUUGCUGUGGUAUGUGCAGUGGACACACGUCACAUGCCUUCAAAGUGCUUCAGCGAGAGGACAAGGAAACGAUUCAACGAUAGGCCUAGGUCAACUUGAAGUUGAAGUGAAACGACUGUCCCACAAAUCAACACACUUCGUCUGCUGACUGAUUGCUGAGUUUACCAUGGAUUUUCUAAAUGCUUUGAACCAAGCCGCUCUUCAGGGCAUAUCGAAAGAAGAGUUCCUUCCUGUGUGGCAGUCAGAAAUGAAACUGCGUCUGUUCAAAGAGGAGUCGUAUCUGCUGGAACUGAAGGUGAAGCUGAUGGAGCAGGCAAGCGAGAAAGAACAGCUCCCCAGAACAACAACAACAACAACAACAGCAUCGUCGUCGGGGUCGACUGCAGGGAUGGAGGCUCUCAUCCUCCAGCAGUUUCAGGAACAGAAGGAACAACUGAGUCAGUUCAAGACCGACCUGCUCACCUAUCAGCAGGCCUUGCUGCAGGUGCUGGGGAACGUCUCCUCCCUCCUCGGCUCCGUCAUAUCGCCGUGGACGACCGGGGCUGGGAAGGAGGAGACGUCGAGGACCGAUCCUGAUCUCCUACUGGCCACUUUGAAGGACAAAAGCAGAAUCAUUUCUGCGACUAAUUCCAUGGAGCUUUUGAUCUCAGAUGACGAAGAUUUUGGCGCAAACAAUCCCGUGGACUUGAAGUAUGACCCUGGCCUCACCCUGUCCUCCAGCCAAUGGGAUAGAGUGACUAUCUCCGAGUCGGGCGUUGAAUUUACCGUGAGGUGUCUCUCCUUGUUUGUAAAACAGGACUCUGAAUGUCUGAGUCCGAGCUAUGCCCCGCCCUCUUGCCCGUGUGCUUUCAAUCUGAAUGUCUCUUUCGAAGAAGGACAAGAACUGAACUUGUAUCUCCUUGUGAAACUGGGGGAGGAAUUGGACCACUCAGCGCGUUGGCCGAUUUCUAUCAGCAGCAAAGGGUAUAUUAAGAAUAAGUCUAGCAAGGGUUUUUCUCAGAUCUGGGACCUGCCAAAUGAGAAGGGGAAAAAGUUGAGGAAGUUGAAGUCCACUCAAGAGGUGAAAAUCCCUCUUCCUCUUGUUUUGAAAACGGGAACGGGGUUAUUCAACCCAGUAGACGUUGAUCUGCUAGAUGCCCGGAAUUAUAUCAUUGACGACACGAUUACUUUUAAAUGGAGUGUGGAUGUAUUAGAGGCUGGCUCUGGAAAUUUGCUGACGUAGACCCCAUGCCAUGCAGACAUCACUUUGCACUGCUGCCUCUUGACACUGACAGCAGUCAGUCACUUCUGACGCCAACUGUCACUGCACUGACAAUGAACGAUGCUGAUAUCUGUCAAUCAUCAGCUCUGUCACUGGACGUGUAACAAGUUCCCUAUUCUUUGAUGUUGAUUUAUAAUGAUCUGGCUACAUCAUUCCGCGACCUCAGAGGGGUCUUGUCGUAUCUCCAUUUUUUUAAACAGUGAAAAUGUGACUUCUUCUUAAGCUUACUUUUUGUUAUGAAUUGUUUUCACAGUUAUUAAAAAUAAAAAGGGAGAUGUGACAAGAAAGCACUGAGGUCGCGAUUCUAUGCAGAGUUCCCUCAAGACUGCUGACUUUGAACUCCGUUUCACAGUCUGCUCUUGAAAUCCCCCAGCCCAUCUCUCCCGCCCCUUCCCCUCCCCAGCAAACCAGCUGGCACCCAGAUGAGCACAGUGAUGUAAAGUUAUUAGUUCUUUGACUGUGAUAUGUGUACGGUAUGUUCAUGUGAGUUUUGAUUCUAUUGACAACUUUUGAAUUCCAUUCCAUGUUUUUUGUUCUAUGUGUCAUGACACGGUAGAAUCAGACGCUCGUCAAUUUUUGGCCAUGUGGAGUUAUUGGUAUCACCCUAAAUCUCGUUCAUUUGUUUUGCUUUCGAUGAAAGAAAUAAGCCAUUUAUCUUGAAUGCAAGUCGAGAUUUUUUUUGCAAUUGAAGGAGGAGAGGUCGUCUAGUUUCCAUUAUAGCCUGAGAAUCCGUGGAAACUGACAAUUUUCUUUUUUGUGCCUUUAAUAAACCUUUUAGUAAAAUCCAUACAGAAAUGGUCACUUAUGGUGUUCUUAGAAUACUUAAACUUAAAUGAAAAUGAAAGGUGUGGGCACCCCCCCCCAAAAAAAAAAAUAAUAAAAAAAAAUAAAAAAAUAAAAACUGCCAAACCAGUGGAAAAUGCCAGUUUCUUUAAAUUCAUUAUUUUGACGAGCACCUGAUUUCAUCACGGUGCCUCACAUACAUUAUCUUAGCUGCUCUGUUAGCAAUGCUGAAAUAAAAAAAUUCUCCCCUGCUAUAGACAUUAGUCGUUUCCAUCUAAUAUCAUCAGCCCCAUUUUACAAGUGCCAAAGUCAUUGUGUAAAAUUGGGGAGCAAAUGAAAGAAAAAGAGGUCGCCCAUUUCAGAACCAUGAACAGAGCACCAUCUUGUGAUUUCUUAAUAAAAAAACAGGAAAUGUAUUAUGUGUGUCACGUUGGGAUGGAAUCAGGCGCUUGUCAAAAUAAUGAAAUCCAAGAAAUCAACAUUUUUUCGGUCGUUGGUAGAUUUUUAUCGAUUUGUUUUGUUUGAGGCUCCACAUAUUUUACGUCCAUUUCAAUACAUAUAUAUAUCAGUGUGGAUUUGACUGACAAAUGAUGAUGAAAAGGCACAAAAAAUGUAGAUUUGCACUUUUCGAGGACACUACAGCUUCCAAAGUCUCCGAACUUUUGCAGGCAUUCGCUCUCUAAUUUUACUUCAGACUCCAGGCAACCGUCACCUCCUUCAGUCACAGAUAUCUUGACUUCUAUUCAUGAUCUCUCUCUUGCCCUUUUACACUCCCAAUGGAGCAUAGGCCAUCGACAACAUUUCUCUACCGAAGCCUGUCCUGUGCGUCCUUUUCUAGCUGUUUCCAUGAUGCCCCUGCCUUUUCCAUUUCAGCUUGUACUACUCGCCUCCUUGUCAUCUUUGGUCUUCCUUUUUUACGUUUUCCUUGUGAAUUCCACGUCAAAGCCUGGCUAUUCCUGAUAGAUGGGUAUUUUUUUUCAUCAAAAGCAAGGCGAAUAAAGAGGCUAUAAGAUGAAGUCAAUAAAUCCUUAGAUAAUAAUUAUGUCCAAAAUUUGACGAGGGCCCGAUUCCACUGAGUCCUGACAUAUUGAGUUAAAUGAAACAAAACUAUUUUGUAAGAUGCCAUUUGGUGUCUUUCUUUGUAUAACGGCUUUUUCUGGAAACCCUUAGAAACUGAUUUGGAUAUUUGUGAAUGUUAUGCUUAACAUGCUCGUUACGGUCUCAAAUUUAUGCAAGCUCAGUGCCAUCGGUAUUGUCUUUAUUCGGGUCAGCAAAAUUUAUUAUUUUACGUGUAUCCUACAAAAUGUCUAACAUUACAUGUACUAACAUACGCUUUUAUUAUUUCACGCAUGAUUAAAAAGACCACAAAAUAAUUUAUCGUUACGACGCCUGGUCUUACAGUACUAACAAACAUAUGUUUAUAUUAUUUUGAGUAACGGUGUGUUAAAAAAAAGAGAUAAAGCUUAUUGUUUUGAUACAUUGUCUAGCAAUACAAACAUAUUAUCAUGUUUUUGUUCUCAUUUAUGGACAACUUUAAAGCUGAAUAUUUGGGCAAAGAAUUUUAAAAAAGAAAUAAAAAUGAAAGAACAAGCUAAAAUGAUAUGCGAUGAACGAAGUCGCCAUGUAAAAAGCAGACUUUUUGUUGUUACACAGAUACAAGAUUUGUAUAUAUCUUUAUUCUAUGAUUUCUUUCUUUGGUUUGCGUUAGCAUUGCUGUGUGAAAUAAAUCUAAUGUCUUGA